UCUCGGCUCUGUGCUGCGGUGAGUGGCGGCGGCCGCCCUGCUCUUCCCCUUGUCUCCCUUUCCGCCGCUCCCCGCCCUUGCCGCCUCCUCCCCUGUGCCCUUCCUUCCUUGCAGUCCCCUCCCCUCCUCCACACCAGCUGUCCGCUUCUCCACUCUGCAGCCCCCUCCCGGGGACCCCAGAGCGGACGCGGGGGCGCCUGGCGGCGGGUGCCCAGGUGAACUUCGCUGUGGCCCGUGUGUCAGCUGUGCGUCCUCGCAGGGCCAGGGCGACUGCGGAUGUGCUAGCACGCCCCCGCGCUGAGCGCCCGGCGAUGGCGGUGCCCUGGAGGGGAGCUCUUCUGAUGCUCCUGGCGUCCCAGGCUGUCGUCCUGGCCCGGGGUGCGGAGGAAGACGACGACGUGCCGGAAGAGUGGCUCCUCCUGCACGUGGUCCACGGCCAGAUCGGGGCCGGGAACUACAGCUACCUGCGGCUGAACCACGAGGGCCGGAUCGUCCUGCGGAUGCGGAGCCUGAGCGGCGACGCGGACCUGUACGUGUCAGACAGCACCCUCCACCCGAGCUUUGAUGACUACAAGCUGCAGUCCGCCACCUGCGGCCAGGACUCCGUGGUCAUUCCCGCGCACUUCCAGCGCCCGGUGGGGAUAGGCAUCUAUGGACACCCGUCCCACCAGGAGAGCGACUUCGAGAUGAAGGUGUUCUAUGACCGGACGGUGGAACAGUACCCCCUGGGCGAGGCAUACUCCUCGGAUGGUGCAGACACGGGUCAGAAGCACGCCUACGCCCCCAAGGAGACGUCUCAAGAGGAGGAGUCCGUUCUCUGGACGAUAGUAAUAAGCAUCUUGAAACUGGUGCUUGAAAUUCUUUUCUGAUUCUGAUUCCUGGAACAUGCUCUGGAGAGUACUACUACCCAUAAUUGGAAAAAGUGACUGCAGCGUGCUGUGAAUCUUGCUACAUUACCUGGUUGAAAUAAAUUCUGGCUACCUUUGUGGAUAAGGGAUGGAAAAAUAAAGCCAUACGGUUUUGUUA